AUGGCCCUCCACAACUCUCACAGAGGUGCGGGUGCCGCCUCCCGCCGAUUCCGCGGGCCAUGGGCAGCGACUUCCGCAUUCUCGUCGACUCCCCGCCGGCUGCUGCUCCUUUCCGCCGCCUUGUUCGGGCUUCUAGCACUCUUGCGCUUCUCCCCGCACACCGCGCUUGACAUCCGUCUGCGGUAUCGCGCUAGUAACGAGCAGCGCUCUCCCUCUUCCCAUAACGCGCGGGAUUACAGAAACAACGCACAAAAAGCGCCGCGGGUGGAGGCGGAGACAUCCGCGGAAGGGCUGCGCAGAUUCGCGGGUUAUGCUGUCAAUCCCGCCUACGCGCCAGGCGAUCGGAGGGAAGGCGGCUACCGCGAAGGGCGGCGGAAAUUUCGCCGAGAACUGCUAUAUGUGGAGUGGCGCGCGCGCGUUGAUGCGCUUUCCGCGGAGCGGGCGGAGAAUGGGCCGUGGUGGGCGCGGGGGGAGUUGAGUUGGGCGGAAAAGGGGGAAGCGGAAGAGAGUGGGGAGGAGUGGAGAAUGGAGGAGGAGCAGUGGGUGAGGGAAGAGAGAGAGGGAAAAUUACAGGAUAUGCCGACUGGAGGGAAUGAGGGAGGGAGUGAGGGAGUGAGUGAGAAUGAGGAAAGUGAUGACUCAUCACUGCUCGCACCAGGAGCUGCAAUGGCUGAGUCAGCAGAUCAGAAUGAUGAGUCAGCAGAUUACAGAUAUGAGUCAGCAGAUGACAAGGACGAGUCAGCAGGCGACAGGGAUGAGUCAGCAAAUAACAGUUUACUAAGGAGUUCAGAUACGGAUGGGAGACUGGUUGUGGGAGAAUGGGAGGAUGGAGAAGAGGAGGAGGGAGAAGAGGAGGAGGGCGAAGAGGAGAAGGUAGAAGAGGAGGAUGGAGAAGGGGAGGAUGGAGAAGGGGAGGGGGGUGACGACGAUUACGAUAGCGAUGAAGAGAGGGGCGAGGAGGAGAAGGAGGGACUAGGGGAGGACGAGGAGGGUGAGGGGGAUGAGGACGGUGAGGAGGGAGAUGCGGGAGAUGGAGGGGCAGGAGGGGAAAGUCAAUUCAGUCAACCCGGUCAGCAGGCACCAUUGCCUGUUGCUGCUGCAGGCGACUCUGUUGAAGCAGCAGCAGCAUGGGGAAGGUCGGGUGUGCCCUUUCCUGAUGUGACUGAAACCCCAGCACCCAGUGCAGCGGAUGUUCCUGUACCUGAAGUGACUGAAACGGGGGAUGCUGCAGAUAUGACCUUUCCCAAGUCCCCCCGCACAGUGCCACGGGGAGGGUUGGAUGUGCGGCGCUCACCCGAAGGGCCUCAAACGGGGCUAGCGGGAGGGUCGCAUGAGCGCUCACUUGAGGGGAAUCAAGCGCCGGGAGGGCCGCAUGGGCUGCCGAGCUGGGCGGUGAUGGUGACGCAGCGAGAGAAGUGGGAGGAGGAGGCGGAGCGGGAGGAGGCGAGGGAGAGGGAUAUGGAUGAUUCACGUGUGGCGCUGGCUCCGCUGCUGGUGGCGAUGCAGGUCUUGGGUGAUGGGCUUGCGCAUGGUAACGAGACAGCCAGUAUCGAGGUUGGGGAUGAAGAUGGUCGAGGGGAGAAGAGAGGGGGUAGGGAAGGGGUGAGAACGAUUGGAGAGGGUGGUGAGGAGGUGAAGAAAGGGGGGGAAACGGGUGAGGAGUCGGUGGGAAGAGAGAUGGUUAUAUCAGAUGCCAGCAGGGGCAGAGGACAGCACAUGAAGGUGAAUCGCAGGUGGGUGGGGUCACAAAUGGGUGUGUUAGGGGCGAUGGGAGGGAUGAAAGACACGGGGGGGAUGGGGAGGUUAUUGGGGAGGAAGAAGAGGUUCGGUGGCGGGGAGUGGAGAAGGGAGGAUACAGGGGAGGGAACGAAGGGGGUGAAGGGAGAGAGGGAGGAGGAUAGGAAGAGGGAUAGAGACAGUGAAUGGGGCAGACGAGGACGGCUGUUGAGGGGGUUGGACGAGGAGGGAAGUGGGGAGGCGGGUGGUGAGGAGGGGAAAAGAGAUGCCGAGGACGGAAUGGGAGAAAGGAUUGAUCAAAGCAGAGGAAGAACAGUGGGUGCGAGUGAGGGAGUGUGUGAGGGAGUGGGCGAGGGAGUGAGCACAGGAAUGAGUGAGGGAGGGAGCGAGGGAAUAGAGGGAGUGGGAGGGGACGAGGGAGCGAGAGGGGGAGAGGGAAUAAGCAAGAGAGCAGAGGAGGUGAGAGGAGAGGAGGCGAGAGGAGAGGAGGUGAGAGAGGAGGAGGUGAGAGGAGAGGAGGCGAGAGGAGAGGAGGUGAGAGAGGAGGAGGUGAGAGGAGAGGAGGUGAGUGAGGAGGAGUUGAAGCGGCGAGUGGGUCUCCUCGUGUGGCCCAUGCCGGCACUCAUAGCAGCGGUGGGGCGAGGAGAGGCGGCUGUCAGUCCCCUGCUGCAGCUCUCGCUGGUGCUGGGUGGGAGGGAGGCAGGGACGGGCGAGGAACGGGAGGAAGAGGAGGGAGAGGAGGGGGGUUGUGAGUGGGGCAAUGAGGAGGGUAGUGAGGCAGGCAGUGAAUAUGGCUCUUCACGUGUGGGGAAGGAAGAUGCAGCACAGAUGGCAUCAAAGGAGGCAUCAAGGGAAGCAGCAGGGCGGGCAGCACAGCAGGCAGCGUUGCCUUCCAGUGCUGCAGGGCCUUCCAGGAAGGCAUCAGGCCGUGCGGUGCUGUGCGCUGCCUUCCACCGCUUCCUCUCCUCCUCCCUCGCCCCCCACCGCUCCCUGCCCGCCCUCCACACCGCACACGCGGGAGGGGGAGGGGACGGGGGAGGAGGGGGAAGGGGAGGGGCAGGGGCUAGGGAAGUGGGAGGUGGAGGGGAAGAUGGAAAGGGAGGGCAAGGGCAAUUUUUGUUUGCCAGGUGUCGCAAGCUGGUUGGACGGCUGGGCCAUGGGCCUGUCUCGUGGUGGCUGAGGCAGGUGGUGCUGGCCACGUGGCAGCUGUUCACUGGCUGGGAGGAGAGGCCGCAUCUAAGCUCAAGGCCUUCUCUUUCCUUCACCAGAGAGUCUCCUCGUCCCCACACCCAUCCCACCUCAACACCCCAACCACUCUCCUUCCCACUCUCUCAACCACCCUUUUCCUCCUCCCCCACCCUAUCGCUUCCCCAUCCCCGCCGUUGCCCUUCCCCCAUCCCCCGGCAGCUGGAGGUGGGGGCAGACGAGAGCUACAUGCUCACCGUGGGGGGUGCUGCACCCUCCCAGUCGCCAGCAGUGAUGGACAGCCCCCCCACACCCAACAACCCGAUCCCCUUUCCUCCUGCACCUGACCAUUCGUCGCCAGCACUCGACAGCGCCACCUACCCACCACACCCCCCACCCCUCCCCUUCCCCCCAUCCCCCUCGCAGCUGGAGGUGGGGGCAGACGAGAGCUACGUGCUCACUGUGGGGGGUGCUGCACCUGAUCAUUCGUCGUCAGCAGUGAUCAGAAUCCAUGCCAACACAACAGUGGGCGCAUUAAGAGCACUGGAGACGUUGAGUCAGCUGGUGCGCAGGGACCCUGCUUCCCGCCUGGCUCUGUUGCAAGGAGUGCCCCUCACCAUCCACGACCGCCCCCGCUUUCCCCACCGAGGGGUGCUGCUGGACACGGCAAGGCACUUCCACCCCGUCCCCUUUAUAGAGAGGCUCUUGGACUCCAUGUCGUAUGCCAAGCUCAACGUGCUCCACUGGCAUCUAGUGGACGCAGAGGCCUUCCCCAUCGAGACGCCCUCCUUCCCGCGCCUCUGGAAGGGUGCCCACUCCCCCCACGAGCGCUACUCCCUCGCAGACAUGCGGCAUGUUGUGGGCUACGCAGCAGCACGCGGCAUCGUUGUCAUUCCUGAAAUCGACCUGCCAUCACACUCCAAGGCAUGGGGUGUUGGUUAUCCGGCCCUCCUCCCGGCCUUCAACUGCUCCGAGCCUCUUGACGUUUCCAAUGAGUUCACCUUCCGAGUCAUACAAGGGGUGCUGACAGACCUGCGGGCAGUCUUUCCCAGCCCGACAAUCCACAUAGGAGGGGACGAAGUGAAUGCAG